AUGAGUGAAUUCUUAUGCAGCUUUGAAGGAUGUCAGGGAAAUGUCGAAGCUAAGUGCCUUUGCAUAACCCCAGCACUGAUGUUUUGCGCUGAGCAUUUAGGCAAACAUUUAGCUAGUUCCCAAGGUAAUCAUAACUUUGAAAAAUUAUUUUAUGAUCCUUAUCGCCAAGCCAAAAUUGAUGUUUUGCUUUAUUUGAAAAGCAAGGUGGAAGAUCUCAAUAAUUUAAAGAAAAGCGUAAUUAGAGAGGUUCUUUCUGGAAUAUGCAUGCUAAACAAUAAUUUACAAGAAUACAUAGGCAAGAUAAAUAAAGAAAUUGCAGCAUUUAAAGAUGAUAUCAGUCAAACUAUACAGUCUUUAGAAAAUAAUAUCAUAACCACAACCUUAGAGUAUUUAAAGCUGCCUUCUACAGAAGCUGUUGAUUAUGCUAAAGCAAAUCUGAAAAGUGAAUUUUUAAAUAUUAAAUGUGAAGAAAUAAUCUCAGAAAUCUACAAAAAAAAUGGCUGAGCAAAGCUAAUAAAAUUAGAAGAAAGUUUAAAAAAAAAUAAAACAAUAGAACUUAAAUUACUAGAUACCAAAGAAAGCAUGGACAAUUUGCUACAAAAAACUCUCAAAGAAUACGAGGAACUAAAACAAUUAUACGGGGAAGCUAAAAAUCAAGAAUUUGAGCAGACAAAGAAAAUAGAAUCAUACGAGAUUGCCAAUAAAAAAUCACAAAGAACUUAUGAUGAAUUAUAUAAAGAAAAGGAAAACCUUAGUCUAAGAUUCAAUAUGUAUAUUCAGAAUGCAAGGCCUUGCAGAAGAUGCUUAACGGUAUAUGAUAAAAAUCAAUUGUUAACAAAAUGGUGCGAUUGUAAGGUUUGCAUGUAUUGCAAAAGUGUAACUGAACAUGCAAGUACUUGCGAAUUUUGCCAUAAACAAAAACCGAAUCCCGAAUGCAAACUUCAAUAA